AUGGUUAGUCGAGGAAUCUCUGCUGAUGUAACGACAUAUAGUUGUAUGAUUCAUGGUCAUUGCCUACAUGGUCAGUGGGAAGAAGCAAGAAGAUACUUUGAUGAAAUGAUGGAUCGGAGGAUUUUACCCGAUGUAAUAACCUUCGGUAUAUUAAUAGAUUCACAUUGUAAAGAUGGGAUGACGGAAGAUGCUUGGGGGUUAUUUGAACUGAUGGACAAGUUAAACAUAAAACCUAAUCAGAUUACUUAUGGUUCAAUGAUGGAUGGUCUGUGUUUAACAGGUCGGCUGCAAGAUGCGGUGGAACUGUUUAACUCGAUGGUAGAUAGGGGCCUUGCACCGAAUGUUAUCACUUGUAGCAUAUUAAUUGAUGGGUAUUGCAAGAAUCGCAAGUUGGAUGAAGCUUUCCAGCUAUUCAAGAAAAUGAAACGAAAUGGAUUGACACCCACAACAGUUACUUACAAAUUACUAUUAGCGGGACUGUACCGAGAUGGAAGAAUGAAGACUGCAAAAAAUUUGUUGAUUGAGAUGCAAACUCUUGGUCAAUUUCCAGAUGAGGUUACAUACGGUACCAUUUUGAAUGGUCUCUGCAAGAAUGGAAAAGUUGACAAAGCAGUAGAACUGUUUAAUGAAAUACCAAAAAAAAGGAUUAGCACCUAA